AUGACGACCCAAGAUUCACGAGGUAUUCUAUUCACGAAUACACAACCCCAACAAGGGUUCCGACUCCUCGAACUCCCACCAGAACUAGAUACCCUGUUAUCAGCAAAGGAUGCACCGAGCUUAGAACUAAAGUCACCCUCCGCUGCCCUGGCACAGGCGGUACCCGAUUCCAGCGCCCAGGAAUACGUCAACCUCUGCACCGCCGAUAAAACCUACCGUAUUCGCCAGGUCCAGUCAUCGAACUCCAUUCAUAUCAUACGUCCGAGUUUGGGACGUAUUUCACGGGCAGAUAUCAAGGUUGUAGAAGAGGAAGCUGGAGAAAGUGGUGCGCUGAAUCUACCCGAUGAUGCAGUGAGUGCUAUUGCAAAGUGCGGGUCAACAUUGGAGCUUCAUAUUCCGGAGGGUGGAUUCUCGGCUGUUCCGUUUCUUGAGAGGAGUCUACAGCUGUAUGAUAGGCGGGAUGGUGAUGAUGAUAUCAUGAUGGAUGAUAAUCAGGCGACGGGGGAUAUGGACUUGAUUGAGGUGCAGAGGCUGAGGGAUCAGGUGUGUGCUGAUAUUCCCGUUUCUACGGCGCAGUGCGAGGAUGGAUGGGUCGAUAUUUCUGCAUUUGUGUGUGCAUCGGCGGGAUGGAGGCCUUCGGCGCGAAUGCGUUUGAAUGUGUGGAAGCGUAUGAUGGAGGGGGCCAUUUUGCAGGGCAUUGAUCUGGAGAAGCAAUUCCUUGUUGGGGAUCUGUGGAAAUCUGUUCUGGAUGAUGACGAUGCGUCUGAGGCUCCGUUUCCGAGGGCAUUGCUUGAGGCGCUUGUCAGGAAGCUUUGUACGGCAGAUGAGCGACCACCUCUGGCGGACGAGAUUAAAUGGGCAAGCUUUGAUAAAGUCGAGUGUUCGCGCUGGGUAGGUGAGACCUAUCUUGCGGCCAUGGCACCUACAGCAUCUUCUGCCAUUGGACGAAGCGAAUUCCUACGUUCAUGGAAAGAUUCUCUCCCCGAAUCUUGGAGAAGCGAAGCGUCUUUAUCAAAAUUACAGGAUGGGGCUUAUCAAAGUCCCGAUCCUACGACAAUUUUCUUUGUGGAGCCUUCGCAACGCCAGCAUACUGCUAAAGCUUCUGCUGGCGCGGCGGCGGCAAAAGCCAAACCCACCAGGAACUGGCAUGAAUUGCUGAAAUCACAAAAGCGCAAUUGA